UUAUGGUUGAUUGAAGGCACAGAUUUGAUAAGGUCUUAGUGUGUUGCAGUGUGGGGGUGGUUGGAGGGUUGGGCUUGGGAGGGAGGGGGGGCGGCAGGGUUGGGUCGUGGUUACAAUGGGAAAAUUUGGAUCGAAAAGUGGGAUGGUAGGGGCGAUGAAGUUUGGCAAUGGGGAUAUAUACACUGGCAGUGUGAGGCUGGGGCUUCCGCAUGGUCGAGGAACGUACUUUUGGGUGGAUGGAAGCAAGUACGAGGGAGAGUGGGUGCGUGGGGAGAAGGAAGGAUGGGGGAUGUUCGUCUGGCCAUCGGGGGCUUUCUAUGAUGGAGAGUGGUUUCGUGGAUUCAUGCAUGGGACAGGGUUGUAUCGAGGGGCUGAUGAUAUGUGGUACAAGGGGUCAUGGAGCAUGGGGAAGAAGCAUGGCCUGGGAAAGAAGGUGUUCGCCAACAAGGAUGUGUACGAGGGGCUAUGGAGGCAGGGGGUAGCCGAGGGCCUGGGGCGAUACACCUGGGCUAAUGGGAGCGAGUACGUAGGGGAAUGGAAGGGGGGGACCAUGUCGGGACGAGGCAUCUUCAUGUGGGCCAAUAGGGAUAGAUAUGAUGGAGAAUGGGAGGGUGGGUGUGAGCACGGGAAGGGGGUUUUCACGUGGGCAGAUGGUGCGUGCUAUGAAGGUACGUGGUAUAGGGGCGUCAAGCACGGAAAGGGGUAUUUCUACCCCCCUGGAUGUCUGAAAGCCCUCCGGAGGGACCGGCAUGGCAACCUUGUGAAAGAGUUUGCAGACGCUUCUGCGAAGGAGGGAAGGGACGGAGGGGACCACAGAGAGGCAACGAAAGGGGACAAGAAGGGCGAAGGGGUUGCAGAGGGGAAGGAGGCCACAGGUGUGCCGCGAGGGAAGGGUGGUGGGUGCCCCCCCGUCACUCCUGCGAGAUGGCUCAGCAUGAGCGGCCCGUUGACAGAGAAGGAGAGGAUGCUCGUCCUGGCGUCAAUGCGAGGGUUAGGGGAGAGCGCGAAUGGCAUUCCCCAUGGGAAAAGGUUUGAGAGGAAACAUAUCCGUAUGAAACCUGGCAGACCAAAGAUGAAACCGAAGAUCCAACGGCAGUGGAGUGGCCCCCUAAAGUUCAGCGGUGAAGUCGGCAAGGAUCGCCAAGAUAUGACCUUUGGCAGGAAGGGGGAAGAUGAGGAGGGUCUGCAGAGAGAUGGAUGCGGCGACAGUAUUCCAUUGUUCAGAAAGGAUGGAGAUCUGGGAGACAUGCAGGAGGGCGAAGAGGCUGUGGAAUUGCCGUCACCAUUGGAGGGGCACGGCUCAAAUUUGGCAGAGGAGAAGGCUGGGGGAGCUGCCGUUGGUGAAAAUUUAGCAGAGAAGCAGGUUGACGGAGCUAGUGCUGGCGGUGGCGAGGACGAUGAAGAGGAUGAUGGAGGGCGGGCAGGGCUGCGGGUCGCAGUGGAGAGCGAAACAAGGAGGCUGGUGUAUGAUGCAGAUGCGGAAGGAGGCAAGGCAUCAAAAGGGGCCAAGAGAAGCCGCCAUGCGGCUGGUGAGUUGGCCCAAAUGAUGUAUGGCAGUGAGUCCGAGUCUGUACCGCUCAAAGGCAAUGACAAGGAGGGAGAGGAAUCCGGAUACGGCGGGGACGACUCUAGUGCCGUGGUCGUGUUCGAAGGCGAUGGACUGCAGAGCAAGCUGUCUGAGGCUGUCACCGGUGCACUUCAUGGUGCGGAAAGGGCCAUAACGGGGGCUAUCCACGGUGCAACUGCAGCGGUGUCUGGUGCUUUUCUUGGUGCAACGGUGGCGUGCUCGGGGGCUGGUUUUGCACAUGCGGGACAGCACUCCGUCGAACUGGACUUGACAAAUCUUGAGGCCUUUGAUAAUGAUCAGGAACCAGCCAGGGGAUGCCAGAGAAAUGAACAUGGGGCAGUGGACGCCUCCACACAGAAAACGAAAGUGACGAAGCCGAAUGUCUUUUGCAGGGAGUAUGCUCACGGCACCUUGGUAAGGGAGACAAUGGAGGAUGUGGUCCUGACAGGACAAAAGAGGAGGGGGAAGAAGAAGAAGAAGAAGUUACAGGAGAUUAAAAGGCCCGGGGAGUCCAUCUACAAAGGGCAUAGAAGUUAUGAUUUGAUGCUCAGCUUGCAAUUGGGAAUUCGAUACUCCGUUGGCAGAAUAAUGCAGGAGGUUCCCCGGAAGAUUAAUGAUGCGGAUUUCGGAUACCGAGUGAUGGUGUGCCAAUGGUUCCCGAAAGAGGGAACGCGGAACACACCGCGUCAUCAGUCUACCGACUUCAAGUGGAAGGAUUACUGCCCUAUGGUCUUUCGGCAGCUGCGGGAGGUGUUCGGGAUUGAUGCUGGGGAGUACAUGCUCUCGCUGUGCGGAAGUGAUGCUCUUCGAGAGCUUUCCUCCCCCGGAAAGAGUGGGAGUGUGUUUUAUUUAUCGAACGAUGACAAGUUCAUCAUCAAGACAAUGAAGAAGUCGGAGAUGGGUGUCCUCCUUGGAAUGCUUCCUCAUUACUUCAGACAUGUGAAAUCGUACGAUAAUACACUGCUUACAAAGUUCUUUGGGCUGCACCGUGUGAAACCGCAAGGUGGGCGCAAGGUCCGCUUUGUGGUCAUGGGCAACAUGUUUUCUGGCCUCCGUAUCCACCGCAGGUAUGACCUGAAGGGGUCCUCGCUUGGAAGGCAUACAGAGACGACCAUGAUCGAUGAGAACACGACGCUGAAGGAUCUGGAUUUGCAUACAGUUUUCCAGCUGGAGGAGGGAUGGAGAGAGCGCCUGCAGUUCCAGCUCGGAGUGGACUGCAAGUUUCUCGAGGAGCAGCGAAUCAUGGAUUACAGUUUGCUGCUUGGUGUUCACUUCCGCUCGCGGCGUAAUUUUGUGGACAACCCAACAAGUACAAAUGCCACGAGCAAUUGGGGCCCGGGAGAUUCUGCAACUGCUGCUCGUCUUCCCUCAAAGGCGCUAGAACCGGAAGGUUUUGCUGCUAGUGAGCGACAGUCUCAGCAGCAGGGCGUCGAUAGCCUGAGAGAAGAAGACGAUUUCAAAGCCGUAUCAGUAAAUGGCACAACAGGGGAAGGAGAUGGCGAUGAAAGUGCAAGUGCACUUGCACAAACUGCAGACGGUGAGGACGACGAGUCAACUAUAAAAUCCGACCCACUUUUCAUUUUGCAAUCUGCACUAGGAAGCAGGAAUCACAGGAGGCCCGGGGAGACGGAUAUGCUGGGCCGCCACUUCUACAGCGCUCCCCUGACUGUCAAUGGCCCUCUGAGAGCGGACACAAUAUGCCCAGUUGUGGCGCGAAAUGGAGGCCCUGGGACGGACGCACUGGCAUUCCAACUCGGGCGGAGACAGGUGCAGCUAGGAGUGAACAUGGCAGCUCGUGCAAUAGGGUUAACGCCUGACCGACAGAUGGACCCAAGGCGGAGAGCGGAUGUGGUGGUUUACUUCGGCAUUAUUGACAUUCUUCAAGAGUAUGACCUCCGCAAGUGGGUGGAGAAUGCGUACAAGUCCAUGAAGUUUGACAGCAGUGCAAUCUCUGCCGUCGACCCAUUGAUGUACUCGCACCGCUUUCAGGAGUUCAUGAAGAAUAUCUUUGUCUAAAAGGACUAGUGUUGGUUAGCUGCUUGGUACUCCGACGACUGUGAAAUUGCAUAUUCUUCAGAGGAGAGCCUGGGACCAAGGAUAAUCACGGUAAGGAGUUCCGUAGUUACUGUGUCCAUACCGUACAAGAUAAGGAGGAGAGGAAAAGGGCGGGGGAAGGGGAGCGAAGUUGUGUCUGGCUUCGUUAUCGCAAGGUGGAGUGGAUGUUCGAGGGUCGUUUAAGGAAUCGACCACGCGCACAUGUCUGCAAUGAAGACUAGGUACGGCUCUACCUUUCAAAGGUCUUCACUGGUCUGGGGCAGGGCUGCAGACCAUUGCCUAUGAGAUUGGAGUGAUGGUCCUGUGCGAAGAGCGACAGAAGGUACUCGUCAAGUUUGGCGCAUCCAGGGCCUGUUUCUAUGGCCUUCUGCCGGAAGGGGCCUGUGCGAAGAACGACCCCACUGCCCCCAGAGGCAACUUCCCAGGGUACCCAUGAACUUCAGCGCAUGCAGGACCUUAUUCGAUGCCGUUCCGCCAGAAGGGGACCAGGUCCUUUCUAUGCGGCGCUCCGGAAUGAAGAGGCCUGAAGACC